AUGUGGGUGAUUCUAUGCUUGUCCGUCUGUCCAACGCCUUUGCUUGCAAUCAGAGCGCUUCUUCGUCAGGCUGCGUCGAGCAGUUCGAUUGUUGGAGAUCUCUUGGAUUAUCUUAAUGAGUCCUGGACUCAGUUUCAUACUGCAGCUGAAGCAAAAAGACAAUUAAUCGAUGCUGAAUUUUAUUUCCUGAAUGAAAAUGAUGAAUGGAACCUAAGGCCUGGAGGACACUACUUUACACGGAAUAUGUCUUCUUUAAUUGCUUUGGCUGUAGAAGAAAGAUAUGAUGUUGGCAGUGGUUUUCAUGUUAUUGCUGCUCAGGCAGACAGCCCGUGCUUAAAAUUAAAGCCAAAAUCUGCAUCAACUAAGUUUAAUUAUGUCACGGUCAAUGUGCAGACUUAUGGAGGUGAUUUAUGGCAUACUUGGUUUGAUAGAGAUCGGAGUGUUGGAGGAAGGGUCAUAAGAGAGAUAGUGAUGGUUCCUUUCUAUACAGAGACCUCUUUUACGAGUACCCACUUUAGCCAUACACCUUGACCGGUACAUUUUGCUUCCUCGCAUAAUAUUAUGACAGUAGUUCUGAAGCUCAACAACUCGAAAGAUAUUCUUGUUUGGUCUGUUUGAGUUUGAGUUUUGGUUGAAUCUAUUAGAGCGGAUGGCCCUUUUUUUUUU